GAGGAGGAGGAGGAGGAAGCGCGCGGAUGUCAAACGGGACACUAACAUCGUGCAGCGAUCCGGACGAAGAAAUUACAGGGGACGUGUCCGAUUUGCUGACUUCCGUCUUAGACGCCAUGGAAGCUUUGGCUGACGAGCUGCAGAACAACCCUUCCCUGACGUCACAAAUGGAAUGUCUGGCCAAUCAGCUGAUCGGCUUAUCAGCUGAUCUGCGGAGCGGGAAUCUCGAACCUCCGUCGGAUGUCGAUGCUCUUUUGAACCGAACGCAGGAUUUGCAGGAUGGACUCGCCGAUUCCUUAUCCGAAGCCAGGAGUGCCCUGCGGGAGGUGGCGAGUGCCCUGGAGGCGAAGGAGGCCGAGGUGGAGGCGCAGGAGGGGGAGAUCGAGUCGCUGCAAGGUGGAAGUCCUCCUGAAGGAAGAUGCUGACGGAGGCGGUGACGGUGGCGGAGGAGAUGCUGACGGAGGCGGUGACGGAGAUAAUUCUCAGCCGGAGAUGCCAGAUCUGCUGCCUGAACCGACUGAGUCAGAAAUAUCUACUGAGUCAACCGAGUCAGCGACCGAAUCAGUAGUGAUUCUGAUUGAAGCAACUGAACUACUGAUGGGGUCGACUGAGCUGCCGAUGGGGUCGAGUGAGCCAUUUAUCGAGUCGACUGAAUCAGCAGCUGAAACCUCAACCGACACAGCCACGACGGAGGUUCCAGUCGACCUGACGGAGAUGGAGCUGGCGCUGAACGAGACGCAGGAGGAGCUGGAGGAGACGGAGGCGGUGCUGGGGGAGCAGGAGCAGCAGCACGCGAACCUGACGCAGGAGAGGCAGCUGCUGGACCAAGCCCUCAACGAGACGAGCGAGUCCACGCAGGCCCUGGAGGAACUGAGCGAGGCGCUGGAGGCCGGGGGGAGGCACCGACGGAGGCGCGACGCGAGCGGCAACUUCACGCUGCCUUACUGCCCCGAGGGCGAGGACAUCAGCGGGACAGUCCUCGCGAUGAUCCAGACGGUGGUCGCUGACGGCGUGUCCAGCUGCCUGACGCAGUUCAUCCGCCUCCUGAAGGACAAGAUCGAGGCCGGGGACGUGAGCCUCAGCGAGGAGGACAAGCGGAGGGCGAGGAACGCGACGAGCGAAGGGCUGGCGCGGAGGGAGGAGGAGAUGGCCGCGAUACAGGCGACGAAGGAGAAGGUCGUCGAGAAGCUGCGGAACGUGACGGAGAACAUCGCCAAGCUGCAGGAGCUGAAGGAAGUGCUGCAGAAGGAGAUCGAGAAGAAGAAGGAGGAGAUCGAGAGAGUACGAGAGGAGGAGGAGGAGGAGGAGGAGGAGAUCAAAGAGCAAGACCGGCCGCCAACGGUGGGGGUUCCCUCCGAAACGCCCGGUGCAGUUCUGGAAACGACCCCCGACGCCCCUGAGCCUCCGCCCGUUUCAGAAACAGGACUGAUAGACAUGGUAGAAGUAACCAGCGAAGUCCCGCCAUUAUUCGCACCGGAAACAACCGACGCUGAACCGCCCGAAGGCCCGACGGAGAACCCGGAGACGCCGACCACCGAACCCGUCGCUGUCCCCGUCUCCUUCCUUCCCGACAAGGGACAGACAGACAUCAAACUCCUCCUGAACGUUACCGACGACGAGACCAACACCACCGCCGGGGUCUUCGUGGCCAUUAACUUCACGGACGCCCUCAGCCACGACUUCGCAGACGGGGGCCAAGUCACCGUCGACGUCAGAGCGCAGAUGACGGGACCCAACGGGACGGAGCUUGUGUCGGGUUACUUCGCCAUCCCCGUCGACGAGGACCUCCACGGGGCGGCCCCCUUCCCCGCGGCGGCGUCGAGGCACGUGCACGCCGAGGUCCUCAGCCUCACGCGGGACCCACACGCCAACACGAUCUCUUUCAAGUUCCUGGUGUCCGUAACCCACGCCGGCGUCACCAUCACUUUCUCGAUGGAGGUGCUCUUAGCGCUGAGCGACGACCAGCCCGGCACCGCUACGAUGUCGUCGGUCGCGGUAGAGGAAAGUGCUUAGGGUGAAAACGACUCAACCGGACGACUGAACUAAACGACGGAAAUGGACGACUGAACUAAACGACAGAAUUGAACGACUCAACUGGACGACUGAACCGGACUACUGAACUAAACGACAGAAUUGAACGACUGAACUAAACGACUGAACCGGACGACAGAACUAAACGACUGACCUGAACGACUGAACCUAUCGACCGCCGUUGUGCGCGUGGAAGGCUAGAUCCCUGACGCUCGGCAGGAGAGGCCAGAGCAGCAGGGAUUCAAGGCGAAUGACUCUCAGAAACUAUUUUCCUGUUUCUUCUGCCUUUCCGUUUCUCUGUCACUCUGUUGUCUGUCUGGCUGUCCUCUCUCUCUCUGUCUGUCCAUCUCUUUCUUUCUCUCUCUCU